AUGUCGUCAAAUGGAAGAAUUUGCAUUUUGCAGCCAAACCUUCCAUCGAAGCUUGAAAGGUGGUUCAGUAGACUAUAUAGGACUACUGGAAUAGCAAACAAUCAAGGCUACACAAAAGCAACUAGUACAUUUGGAUACGUUGAAGAGCUGUUAAGAAGCGUAAGUGAUCCAACAUUGAAGAAUGCAUUAAUAGUAUGUGAAAAUGCAUAUAAGGUAGUGAAGGAUGCGUUUGGUGAAGGGAUACAUUCGUUUGCACAAAGAGAUUAUAGAGGAAUGUUGAAUGCUGAAAGGAUAGCACCCAGAGUACAAGCAAGUUGUACCUCGAUAUUCAGCACUACACCACCACCCAAACAAAAUCCACUUUCUCAAAUUAAUAGGGAGAUGAGAAUUCUCAUUGCUAUGGCUAUAGUAUCUGGCUCUAGCAUUGGUUGA